UAUUACACAAGCUCACAGCAGCUGAUGAUCUGAUAUCUACCCACCCCAGAUAGAUGUAGUUAUCUCUGGACCUUCACAUCACAUGCUGUGUUUCUCUUAUGCAGCAGGUGUUGCAAAAGAAAUAAGAUGAAGACUGUGUUUGUGGUGCUGUUGCUUCUUCCGGCUCUGGCCUCAGCUCUUAAACGUAAUGUGUUCCUGUUCCCUCAGGAGACUGACACGGCCUAUGUGCAGCUCACUUCAGAGAAACCUCUGAAUUUACAGGCCUUCACUCUUUGCAUGCGUGUUGCCUCUGAACUCCCUAACGACCGUGAGACCAUCCUGUUUGCUUACCGUACUAUUGAAGCUGACGAGCUCAACGUGUGGCAGGAGAAAGAAGGAUACUCUCUUUACCUGAGAAGCAGUGGUGAGGGUGUUACGUUUAAACUACCGCCGCUGUCUGUUGUCCCCAUUCACCUGUGUGUCACCUGGGAGUCGGGAACCGGAGCCACCGCGUUUUGGGUGAACGGACGACGCACCAUGCUGAAAAUCUACAGACGCGGGUUUAGUGUAAGUCAAGAUGGAGCUAUUAUUCUUGGACAGGAUCCUGACUCAUAUCUGGGCAACUUUGACAAAAAUCAGGGCUUCGUGGGUGAAAUUACAGACGUACACAUGUGGGACAGUGUCCUGGGUGCAGGUCAGAUUAAGCAGCUGUAUGAGUAUCAAGACCUGGGUGUACGUGGGAAUGUGCUGGACUGGAAUUCUCUCAAAUACAAAAUCUCCGCAGGUCUGAGUGGGAAGGUUCUCCUGUUUCCGUAUGAGACAGACUUCAGUUUUGUCAGGCUCUCUCCUCAGAAGCCUCUCUCUCUGUCAGCGUUCACUCUUUGCCUGCGCAUCGCUACUGAGCUUCAGGAUGAGCGACAGAUCAUCCUCUUUGCGUAUCGCACCAACAGCACGGACGAGCUGAACGUGUGGCGUGAGAAGGAUGGACGGAUCUCGUUCUACCUCGGUGGUGACGGUGCUCUAUUCCGCCUCACGCCCCUCUCCAGCUUCCGCACUCACGUGUGUCUGACGUGGGACUCCAGCACCGGACUCGCCGCGUUUCACGUGGACGGACGCCGCAGCACACGACAGAUCUACAGACCGGGACACAAGAUCCAUCCACAUGGCACUGCGCUGCUGGGUCAGGACCCUGACACACACCUGGGGGACUUCGAGGUCACGCAGAGCUUCGUGGGCGAGAUGACGGACGUGAACAUGUGGGACUACGUGCUGUCACGCAUGCAGAUCAACUCUCUGUACACUAACCUGAAACACAGAGUGCCACGUGGAAACGUCUUCGACUGGAACACAGUGGAGUAUGAGAUCCACGGCAACGUGGUGGUGAUCCAGGAUGACUGACACACACACACACAC